AUGGAAAUGAGUGUAAAGGGAUCUUCAUUUAAUAACAAUAUAUGACACAACUCGACUCUCUCCAGUAUUAAAGGUAGUUAUGCGAAAACAGCGGUAUGCGAUUGCAAGGUCUUCUGUUGCUGGUGAUGUUAGCGAGCGCGGAGAUCUCCGACGUCGAUGACAGCGACAGCAAUGAUGCUUGCUACAUUUGCAAGUGUAGUGCUGACAAGACCAAUGUGGAUUGCUCCAAGCGUGGCCUCACCGGUAUACCAGAUGGCAUAAGUGAGAAGGUGAUGCGCCUCAAUAUGUCCAGCAACGAAAUUUCAAAGUUUCCUGAAAAUUUAAACAAACUCCACCAUCUUGUGGAACUCGAUCUAAGCAACAAUCGAGUUAGUUCGAUUCCAGAAGACGCUCUCAACAAUAUGACAUCUCUUGAAUUGUUGAACCUGUCGCAAAAUGAUUUUAAUUCAUGGCUAAAUUUAAAUCCUAAUGAAUUUCUGCAGCCAGCAACAAAUCUUAAAAUCCUCGACUUAUCACAUAAUAAGUUUUAUACGAUGGAUAAUUUAGCAAAUCAGGAACUUUUAAUAAGCCCGUCGUUAGAAACAUUGAUUUUGGAUAACUGUAAAAUAACUUCAAUUAGAGGUAGAUCACCUUUAAGUGGAUUGAUAAACAUAAGGGUGUUUAAAAUUAAUUCUAAUCCUUUGUCAAGGAUCCAAGGUCUUGUAUCCCCAACGCUCAAGAGUUUCUACGCUAGUAACUGUCUAUUGAGUUCCAUCAAUCAUAACGAACUAUCAUACCUACCAUCAUUAGUAUAUUUGCAACUGUCAAAUAAUAACGGUCUAGUUUUAUACAGUUCAUCUAAUACUGUAAUGUCCAAUUCAUUAAAGUACUUAGAUGUAUCAUAUUGUAAUAUAAUGCAAAUCAGUCUUGCAGGAUUCCCAAAUCUUAGAAGGGCAUUAAUAAGUCAUAACGUUGUAAGAUUUCUAGAGAGUAAUAAUUUUAUAAAUAACUCUAAAUUAGAAUACUUAGACUUAUCAUAUAAUAAUAUUGGCUCUCUGAAAAGCGAUACAUUUCGUGGACUAGGCACGUUGAAGUAUUUAGAUUUGUCGUGGAAUGAAAUCGCACAUAUACCUGAAGAUAGUCUGCUAGAGAUGCCGUCGCUGACCCAACUCAAGCUACGCAGGAAUUAUUUGACAAGAGUUGGUCAUUUAAGUUCAACAUCAGUCUCUGUCCUAGAUAUGAGUUACUGCGAAAUAAACACUAUGGGUAAAGAUUUCUUAGAAGGUUGGCAAUCGCUUGUUGAUUUAGAUUUGUCGCACAACCUUCUAUCAUACAUCCCAGACAGUCUUUCUUCAAAUACUCUUAAGUAUUUAAAUUUCAAUUUCAAUCGAAUAAGUGCUGUAAAUAAUGCAACUUUCUAUAUGCUACCUCGUUUAAGAGGAUUAGGAGUAAUCGGAAAUCGCUUUACAACAGUUUGGAGUAGAUCAUACUUUGAUUCUAACCCUUAUUUAGAGAGACUGGAUCUGAUGGAUAACAUGUGGCGUUGCGAUUGUGCGGACAGUAACAUGUUUGACUUUUAUGAAUUUGUUACGCUGGAGCCAAACAAAAAAGAGGAAUCGUACAAUCUUAUUUGCAACAGUCCUGUCAAUUUAGUCGGUCAAACGUGGCUCGAGGCGUGUUAUUUCUCUUGGAAUCCUACCGAUAAAAAGGCAAACGCUGACGCUUUGAUAUGGUUUAUCGUGGUGAUGAUAGUAGGUUUAGCUUUAUGUUUAACUUUGAUUAAUGUAAUUAGAAGAUCAAUGAAUCGCCGAUUAGCUGGUCUGCAAGAAGAAAGAUUGAGGCAAGUGGAGGAAGCCAGAGACAGACUGCGACAGCUACGAAUGCGUGCCGAACAGGAAGCACUGUGCAAUGCUCCUGAUCCGAGGGAUUUAGUCGCACCGCCGUCUUACGACGAGGCACUUUCAAUGCCCAAGCUUACUACUUCAUGCCAGUCGUUAUGUGAUGAGAGAACGGGCAAAAAGAAAAGAAGAAAAGGCAGACGUAAAACAAAAUCUAGUGGAGAUCUGUUAGAAGAAACUGAGAGAAAUGGUGAUUUAUCUGUAGGAGAUGAUUUGGAGUUGAAUGAAGCUCCAGAAACCCAUCGUCGACGACGUCGUCGACGGCCAAGGAACUUUGGUAGUCAUGAAAUAGCGGAGCUGGAUCAGUCUCCUGGUGUACGUCGCAGACGUAUGUCUGAGUAUGGUAUGAGCGGCAACGAGAGUUUCACAGUUGUGGUGGAGCCGGUGUUAGAACGCCCACUCCGGCCCAGGAACAGAAGAUAUUCAAUAGAUGACGAUGAACCUAGGGAAAGUGAUUUUUAAUUUUUCAGUCAGUUGUUUAUUCAGUCGUUCUAUGCUAAAACUAUGACAAACUAAUUUUAGUUGUAGUUUAAAUAAUGAAUAUUGCACACGUAAAAACCUACGUUUAUUAUA